GGUUUAUUUCCGUCAAUAGAGGAAGAAACAGGACGUUUGUGUGCAUGUAGAGAAUGAUCGAUGCUGAGAAUCUGUGUCUGUAUGCAGAAACAUACUUUAUUAUUUGUAUAAACUUUAAGUAAAGUGCCUCUAAGGUUCAUUUUACAUUAAAUAAACUAAACGCUGGAUACGUCAGAAGGUUGAGCGCGGGAAGCCAGAGAAUCUGUGCGCGCGGACAUGUACCGAGGCCGGCCUCCGCCGCGAGGAGGCUACCCGCCGCCGUUUGAAGGCCGAGGACCGAGGCCGCACCCGGCACCGGGCUACAGAGAGGACAGGAACAGGCCCAGGCCUCCGUACCACCCCGGCUACCACGACCACGGUCCCCCGCCGGACCCGUACCGCCGCUCCCCGCCGCGCCGGAGGUACCCUUCCCCCGGGUCUGGAAGCCACAGAGGUGGGGAGUUCUGGGCCGGAGGUCCGCAGAGAGAGAGGUCUCCAUCACCGCGGGGUUUGGCGCCCAUCGACCACAACCUGGUCAUCACCGUCGGCAACGAGCUGACUGGCCCAUCUGGCUCCGCCCCCUCACGCCAUCAUGACAGAGACUACCCUCCUCGGCCCGAGUACGAGAGGAGCCGGAGCCGGGGCCGGAGCCGACCUCAGAGCCGGAGUCCAGACCGGAGCCGAGCCAAGAGCCUGGGCCGCAGCAAGAGUCAGGUGAGGAGCAAGAGCCGGCCCCGCAGCCACAGCCGGAGUCCGGACCGGAGCCGGGCCAAGAGCCGGCCCCGCAGCCAGAGCCGGAGUCCGGACCGGAGCCGGGCCAAGAGCCGGGGCCGAAGCAAGAGCCGAAGUCCGGACCGGAGCAGAGCGAAAAGCCGGGGCCGGAGCAAGAGCCGAAGUCCGGACCGGAGCAGAGCGAAAAGCCGGGGGCGGAGCAAGAGUCGAAGUCCGGACCGGAGCCGGGCUAAGAGCCGGGGCCGAAGCAAGAGCCGCCCUCGCAGCAGGUCCAGAUCCAGAUCCAGGUCCAGGGGGCGGAGCUACAGCCGGGCGGCGAGCCGCGGCCGCAGUAAGAGCCGUCCGAGGAGCCGCAGCUCCAGCAGCAGCUCCACGUUGAGCAGCGGAAACGAGAGCGACCGCGAGAAUCCCCCGAAAGAGUUCAGAGAGCUGCAGACAGCUCGGCGCCGCAAGGAGCUGGAGGAGAUGCUGAGUCAGCCCACGAAAUCCAUCCUGAAGAGACGCAACGACUCCGAGGACUCCCCGUCACUCAGGAGCUGUGAGUCUCCCCGUGGUCCAGACGGCGCCGGCCUGUCCCGUGUGGCGGAGCAGCUGCUGCAGGCGGUGAAAGGCAUGGAGCCGCACGCCGUGGCGUCCAUGCUGUCGGAGCUGCGGGCCGACCCGCAGAUGGCUCACCGCGCCGGCCUGGACGCCGAGAUCAAAGAGAUCCUUCACCUGCUGGGCCCAGCCGCGGCGGAAAGGCCCGCUGACGACAUCGACGACGAGGAGAAGUUCCUGUACGGAGAUGCAGACGAACCCAAAGCGGCGCCCGCCCCGGAGCCGGUCCGGCUGGAUCUGUACGGAGACGUGACGGAAGACGCGCUGUAUGCUGACUACCCGCCACAGAUGUACGGCCUCACGCCGGGCGCCGCGCCACACCUGCAGGCCCCGCCCACCAUGGCAGAGGUGGAUGUCCGGUACGCUGGCCGGCCCUCAGCCAGCCCGGACCAGAGCCUGGCGUUGCCGUUGGCAGGCGUUUGCGUUCCUCCGGGCACGGAGCCGCUGGCGGCCGGCGAGCGCCAGGCGCUGGAGGAGUACGAGAAAAUCCAGGACCUGCUUAAGACCAUCGGCCUGGACCUGGGCGUCUCGGAGAUCAGCAAGAUGGCCGCCCGGACCAAAGAGCGUCUCCACGGGAACAAGCCGCCACCCAAGACGCCCACGCGGCGCCGGCGCUACUCGUCUGGGAGCUCUGAGGGCGCUCGGCGCCGCAAGAGGCUGAGCCACAGCGGCAGCUCCAGCAGCAGCAGCAGCCGCCGCAGCCGUAGCUGGAGCAGCGAGGAUGGCCCCGCAGGCGGGCGCCACACCAAGAGCUCGGCGCCGCCUAAAUCUCACAAAGAGGCAAACAGCGAGCAGAGCGCCGCUGUCGCUCCACAGCCGCCGCACAAAGAGCCGCUGGCACACACCCCAAACGCCAACAUGCUGCCUCCCCACCCUGGCGUGCCCAUCCCCACCUACCCCCCCUCGCAGGGUCACCCGGGCAUGCUGGCGCCCAGUUUCCCCCCGCCGGGGUACGGCCAGUACGGGAACUACCUGCCCUACAUGCACCAGCAGUGGCCGCCCAUGUACCCGCCCCCCAGCAUAACCCUGCCCCCCCACAGCCCCGAGGACUUCCCCUACAAACACCCGUACAACAAGAUGGCCAGCGCCGAGCCCAGCGCCAAAGGUUUGGGGAAGACGUUUGCUCCGGACGGCGAGAAGGGAAAGACGAGCAGCGGCCAUGACAGGAGAGUUUCUGAGGAGCAGAACAAUGAGAGCCAGAAACAAAAGGUUCUGGAGGAGAGAGAGAAGCUGAAGCAGGAGAGAGACGUCCGCAUGAAGAAGAAGGAAUAUCUGAUGAAGGAGCUGGAGAGACUCCGCAAGCAGCAAGGCGAGCUGCUGAGGAAGAAACGGCGAGAGAAGGACGGCCACAAAGACCCGCUGCUGGCGGAGAUCGGCCGCCUGCAGGAGGACGUCAUGGGGCAGAUCUCCAGCCUGCGGCGGGAACACGAGGCGGCCGAGAAGAGCCGCAACGAGAUCGAGAAGAUCGCGCUGAUACUCGGCCUGCUCCCGUCCGACCGGCCGCGUAGGGCCGCCAAAGCCUCCGACGAACCGGAGGACGAGCCGCCGCUGGCGCCGGCAGACAAGAAGAAACGCGAGGCGCUGACCGCGACGAUGGCGAGGAGUCCCGACGGACGCACGGCCGCCGCUGGCUGCUCCACCGUGAAGGCAUCAUCAUCAUCUUCAUCAUCAUCUUCGUCUUUGGCGGCAGCGGCGCUGUCUUCGGCGAGAGCGUGCCCAGACAAACCGCCCGCCGACGCCCCCGCUCAGGCUCCGCCCCCGGAGCCGUUUGAAUACUACGACGCUGGAAAUCACUGGUGCAAAAACUGUAACGUCACCUCUGGUUCCAUGUUUGAUUUUUUCACACACUUGCACAGCAAAACGCACCGAAAGACUCUGGACCCGUACGACCGGCCCUGGGCUUCCUGUCCGUCUAAAGCCAGCAAGAGCCUUCUGUUGGAGGAGAAGCUGACCAAACCAGCCAAAGGUUCGGAGUUCUUGCUGCCCGUCAGAGGAUUCUUCUGCCUGCUCUGCAAACAGUUUUACGGAGACGCCAUCUGUGCUGAAGAGCACGUCACCACACACGCUCACAACGAGAAGUACAAGAAACAAAUGUACGAGAAUCCUCUGUACGAACAGAGGAGGAACCUGGACCGCCAGGCCGGGCUGGCCUCCGAGACCAGCGGCAAGAAACGCAAACAUGAGGAGGAAGAGAAGGGCAGCAAGGACAGGGAGGAAAAGUCCAAACACAAGAAGGAGAAAAGGGAUAAAAAGAAGGACGACGACAACAACGACGCUGUUCUGAAAGAGGAGAAAGUUAAGAAGGAAGUAGAGGAAGAGAAGCCGGGCAAGAAAGAGGAAGAUUUUAGAAAAUCCAAAAGCCUGGAAGAGGAGAGGUCUUCUUACAGCAAAAAAGAUGAGGAAGAAAAGUAUAAAAGCAGCAAGAAGGAUGAUAAAUACCGCUACAGCCGAGAGGAAGAGGAGAGGGGUAAAUACAGAGGAAGAGACGAGGACGACAGAUAUAAAUACAGCAGAGACGAAGAAUAUCGGUUCCGCUUUCGCCGGGACGAUGACGACCGAUAUGACGACCGUGCCAAAUACGGGCCACGAGAAGAGGAGUAUAAACACGGUAAAUAUUCAGAUUUCAGACCCAAAUACGACCGAGAUCGAGACGAAGGGAAACUUAAGGCGGAGAAGCAACCUUUGAAGAAGCCGGAGGCAGCAAAACCAGCAGGGAAACCUGACGUCAGCAAGCCAGAGGCUCUGCCGAAGCCCUACGAACAGCCCAAAAUCUUCUCCGGACCCAGUCCGGCCAUGAGGGCGAAGCUACGCAAGCAGAGCCAGGAAGCCGGCAAACCGCCAGCCGCGACAACGCCCACCGCCACAGCUGCAGCCGCCACCGCUACCCCUACGUUUGGAAAGUUCACGUGGAAGAAGAAGGAGAAUGUUCUGGCGAAGGAGGCGGAGAAAGUGGCCGCGGAGUUCAUCAAAGAUGACGAAGAAGCCGCGAAGCAGAAACUGCUCUUACCGGAGGAUUCUUUCGCGAAAUCUAUGGCCGUCGCUAAAGAGAUCGCCCAGAAGCUCGGCGGCCAGCAGCCCGUGCCGCCUCCCUGGGUGUCCAACGGCGCCAACCGGGGACGAAUCCGCCCGAACCUCCCUGGACCAGCUGCAUUCAUGAGGAAGACGGCCAUGUUGGGUAAACCUGCUCCUCUGAAUACCUUCCUCUCUAUGAGACCCCAAAACACCGGGUUACUCGGACCUGUUCCCCAAGAUGCACCUCAGAUCUCUGACGGUCUCGCAAAGGCUCUAAGUGCUCAGAACGCACUGCUGGAGACUAAACCGAAGCCACCGAUUGGUCCACCUGGGACAUCUGAGGCUAUGCCUCCGCCAACGGUGCCAAAACCUGCACCAUUCGAGGCUAAAUCUCCGCCGUCUGUGACAAAACCUGCACCAGCUGUGUCAGGACCUGCACCGUCUGAAACCAAACCCCCGCCAGCUGUGUCAGGACCUGCACCUUUUGCGGCUAAACCUCCGGCGCCAGUUUGUAACCCAGCACCGCCAGUUUUCAAACCAGUCGAGGCAAAGCCUGCUUCACUUGAAACCACCCAUUCGCCAUCGAUUGCAAAACCUCCGCAACAAAAAAUGGUGAAGAUAGUGUCUGAUGUGGCAGCUCCUGGCGUCCCGGAGAGCGAGCAGACUCGCACCGUGUUCGUCAAGCCUCCGCCGUUCAUGAAUAGAGGGGACGGAGCUCAGAAGUCUGAGAAACAUAAGACUAACCUGGCUGCAGCCAAAGCCCAGGACUUGUUCGACAUCUUCUACAGCAACCUGAGCCAAUCGGGCGCUUCCUCCUUCACCAAACCAGCAACAGACGCUAAAGCUGAAGGGAGCAGCGCCAAUAAAAGGCAACUUCCUGUCCCGGAAGCACCAAAACCUCAACCUCAACCUCAACCUCCUUCCCAGCCCCAACCUCAAACUGCGGUCUGUAAAUCUCUGCAACCAGACUCGCCAAGUCGGCAAACUCAGCCGGAGUCAGACAUUCAGAUUGCAUCCGUUUGGUCCUUGCAGCCCACCGAAACUUCAGCCCCCGACGUUGCUCCAUCUGAAACGCAACCAACGCAACCAAAACUGAACCCAUCAGCCCAGUUUCAGGCUGAUAUUUUACACCAAAACCAGUCUUCGACUCCUAAACCUGAGUCCCCAAUCACUCUGGCUCCGAGUGUACCCAGAAACGAGCCCCCCAAUCCUAAACCUGAGUCCCAGAUCGCUGCACCCACACUGUUUGAGGUCCCAAGUGUACCCCAAAACCAGUCCCUAAAUCCUAAAUCUGAGCCCCAAAACGCUCUGGUCCAAAGUUCACCCCAAAACCAGCCUUCACUUCCUAAUUCUGAGUCCCAAAUCGCCCCACGAACCAAUCCUGCCGAGCUGGAACCUUCCCCUCAAACUCAUUCCCAGUCCGAACUUCAAGCCCCUCAGAUCAAAACAGACCCCCAACCGGACCAGGACCCCAACCCCCAUCGAGAGACCCAUCCUGACACCGCUCCAGAACCUGAGCCCAAACCAAGCCCCAAAACUCGAGGCAAGGCGGCUCCGGGGAAGAGAACCCCUCCCGCUGCCCGCCCGGUCCGACAAACCAGAUCCCAAACCAGAUACCAGACCCGGCAGCAGCAGGGGAGUCUCUCAGAGACGGAGACUGAAACCAAACCGGAACCGACUCUGGCUUUAGGAGAUUCUGACUCGGACGGCGUGUCCAGGCCCUUUGGGUCGGACGCCAGCUCUGGGUUGGAGGAGCCCCCCAUGAUGGAGAUCACCCCCGAGACCCUGGGCCUCCCCUCGGACAUGACGGCUCUGGACUUUGAUUAUGAUUUUAACUUUGAGUAAAUGUGACCGGACUGCGAGACGGAGUCUCUUUGAAAACGAGCAGUCUUUGAAGCUGUGGUUUUCUAGACUGGUGAAGGCAGCUGGCGAGAAAGACGCUGACAGACUUGAGACUU